AUGACAGUGCGCCAAGAGAAAGAACGCGAACUAGCUGCGUUGCUCCUCGACCAACAAAAGGCUCAACUGGCGAAUGCCACCAGGAAGAAUCUGCAGCGGUAUCACUUCGUCCGCUUCGUCGAGCGUCAGAAAGCGGAGCGAACCCUCAAGAAACUGCUCAAACUGAAGGAGUCGAGUAAUCCUUCCGACAAUGAGGAGUCCCAGAAAAAGUUGGACAAGUCAAUACACGAAGCGGAGGUGGAUCUGAACUACACCAAGUAUGCCCCUCUCGGAGAGAAGUACAUCAGCCUAUUCGUGCAGGAAGAGGACGACAAGCAGAAACACAAGUCCCAAAUGAAGAAGAAGGCAUACGCCAUUCUGACGGAUGCCCAGAGGGAGGAGUUGCAGCUCAUAGAGGACGACCUGGCCAACAUUGUCAGGACGGCGGGAGGGACCAAGCCACCGAUGUGGUACGAAGUUGAGAAGUGUAUGAAAGAGGGGCAGGAAAAGCUGGAUGCGCUUCGAGAAGGAAGGCUCAGUGCAGGCAACAAAUUGGCUAAGGAGCUUGCCACUGUUGGAGGAAAAGAUCUGGCGGCAUUGCGAAGUUCGACCGCUCAGCCAGUCGAUUCAACACCAUCCUGGCUUGACGACGACGGUGUUAUCGAUCCGGCCGACCUGGACAGCGACGACGACGACGAGAUGGGCGAUGGUGGUUUCUUUGAACGAUGA